CUCGUCGUACUCUCUCAAAUUCCAACACAGGUCGCUGUACAUCAUGGCCGUGACCAUGGCGGAAAACAGAAUGCUCAACCUUGCACUGCGAGCGCUGCAGGUUAUCUGUGCCAUCGUUGUUAUGGGAACAGACGGCUACGCUAUCAACGUGUAUCGUGGCUACAGCUCCCACGUCGAUACCCAUUGGGGUGGGUUCACCGCCUGGAACGGCGUCCCGAACGCAUGGGGCUUUUUGCUAUUCUGCGCUGCAUGGACAGUUCUGGUGGUCAUCUUCCAACUCGUCGCUGGAAAUGCGCUUACGCAUCGCCCAUUGGUCGGAUACAUCAGUGUCGCUGUUGAGGUGGUGGCGCUCAUUUCAUGGUUCGCUGGUUGGAUUGCCGUGGCUGUCAAUAUUGGGACCCGUGCAUGUGCAACAGGAUAUGUUGGCUGUGGUGCACUCAAGGCGGCGACAGUGUUUGGUGCGGUCGAGUGGCUGCUUUUCAUGGUCACCACAUUCCUGGCUAUUUCACUGUUCCUAAACAGCAAGCGCCAGGGUCAAGCAGUGGCGUAA